AUGGGAAAAGGCGGUGCAAUCAAUGAGGAAGAGAGUGAAGGGAAGAGAAGAACAUGGCGUUGGCCUUUGGCUGCUUUGGUUGUUGUGUUAUUUUCAAUUGCUGUUAGCUCUAGGACCGCUUCUAAUGUCGGUUUCUUCUUCACUGAUCAAAGUUCUUGCAGCUGUUCACUUCAGGGAAGUGGUAAAUACAAAGGUAUAGUUGAGGACUGUUGCUGUGACUACGAAACCGUGGACAAACUCAACAGUGAGGUUUUGAAUCGUCUGCUUAAAGAUCUCGUCACAACUCCAUUCUUCAGAUACUUUAAGGUUAAGCUGUGGUGUGACUGCCCACCAUUCUGGCCAGACGAUGGAAUGUGUCGUUUACGUGAUUGCAGUGUCUGUGAAUGUCCAGAGACUGAGUUCCCUGAACCUUUUAAAAAGGCUGCUCUUCCUUCAGAUAAUCCAAUUUGUCAAGAAGGAAAACCACAAGCUGCUGUUGACCCUACUAUAGAUAACAGAGCAUUUAAAGGUUGGGUUGAAACUAAUAAUCCAUGGACGCAUAAUGAUGACACAGAUAAUAGUGGUAUGUGGUUUAACAAAAGAUAUAACAGUGUGUCUGAGAAGUUUUGGUUAUUAUAUGUGAUGAUAAUGAUGAUGAUUAUGUUCAGGUGA